AUGGGAGGCGAAAGCCCUGAUCCAGCAGAAGAAGCGCCACCUUCUUCCAUAGAGAUGGUUGGACAUCCGUCUAAUUCCAAGAUCGAAAUAAAGGAAAAUCAGGAGUUUCAGCUAGAAUGCUUGGUCAAAAAUUCUAAGCCAGCUGCUAAAAUCGUUUGGUUCAGGGGCAAUGUUGAACUGAAGCUUGAUAAACGAGAGGAUAAAGUAGUGAUAGUAGAUCCAUCUAAGAAAGUUAAAAGAUAUGAUGUUUCUAGUAAGAUAACUUUACAACCUACUGCAGAAGAUGACUUUGCUGAUUAUACUUGCGAAGCUAGGCAUGAAGCUCUACAUCCUGAAAUGCCUUUGAGAGUCACUGUCCAGCUGAGUGUAUUGUAUCCGCCUGGACUUCCUUAUAUUGAAGGCUAUACAGAAGGUGAAACGAUUAGACGUGGACAAAAUGUAGAGUUAGUUUGCAGGUCUCGCGGUGGUAACCCACCUGCCCAACUGAUUUGGUACAAGAAUAGUGAACAAAUCAGAAUGGCCUACAGAACUUCUGGCAGACUUUCUGAAAACAUUUAUUCUUUUACUGCAGAUGCUAAUGACAAUAAAGCUAAAUACCGAUGUGAAGCUUCUAAUAUUAUGAGUAAAUCUCCUUUAAAAGCUGAGGUGGAUCUAACUGUAUUAUUUGCUCCAACACAGGUCACAAUAUCUGGCCCCACAGAGGCAAGGGUGGGAGACACUGUGCCUUUGACUUGCACAACUGCCAGCAGUAACCCUCCUGCUGACAUCAAAUGGAUGGUCAAUGGUAGACAAGUCAGGAAUGCUACACAACACACUAUCCCAGCUCCGGAAGGAGGAUGGUUCACCACGUCCAACACUACUGCCGUCAUAGGUCCUAAUCAGAAGUCACUAGUCGUCAUCUGUCAUGGGUUGAACAAGCAACUAACUGAAAAUAUUGUCAGCACUCAUACCAUCAACGUCCUAUAUCCCCCUGGUCAGCCAAUUCUUACUGGAUAUACAAAAGGGACACACAUUGCAGCUGGAACUUUACAGAAAAUAUCAUGUAUUUCUUCUGGUGGAAAUCCCCUGGCUACUCUGACUUGGUAUAAAAAUGAUAAGAAGAUUAAUUCAGUCUCCAAAACCAACGAUAGGUCUGUUUCUGCAGAAGUGACUAUCCUUGCAAAUGUGACUGAUAAUGAAGCUGUUUAUAAAUGUGAAGCUUCUAACCCAGCUACCGAGAUUCCUUUAAUUGAAAGAGUUCAACUAAGUGUGCAUUUCCCUCCAGAGCAUGUGAAAAUAAAAAAAGAGCCUGAAGAACUUCGAGCUGGUACUAUAGCCACCCUCACCUGUGAUGCAAGCUCUUCAAAUCCUCCUUCUGAAAUGUCUUGGUGGCGAGAAGGGAUUUCCGUAACUGAGGGAAUCACUAACUCGAGUAAACCUGGACUCCAUGGUGGUACUGUGUCAUCAAUUCAGCUGAAAUUGAACAUAACUCCAGAAAUUGAUGGUGAUGUGUACACCUGUCAAGCUGCAAAUAUUGUCUUACAAAGGAGUGUUCAUGAUGCAGUCACAAUGUCUGUUUUAUAUAAACCAGUAUUCAGCGAAGUUGGUGAGACUGAUGUAAGUGGAAUAGAGGGAGAAAACCUUCUGUUGGGAUCUCAAGCAGCUGGGCACCCCUCGGCACUCACCUACACCUGGACCAAAGACAGAGCUCCUCUAUCUUCCAAUAAAGACAUCCAUAUCGAAGGACCUUUCAUUAACUUCACUCGCUUACACAGGACAUUCACUGGAGUCUAUACUUGCGAAGCUGUCAACUCUGAAGGCUCUACUACUGUUACUUUCAAUCUCACAGUUUUUUAUGGCGGUAGCAUUGUUGGUACGAGCCAUGGUGUUUCAGUAUCACCCAAGGAAGAUGCUCAGCUUUGGUGUAGGUUUGACGGUUCUCCAUUGUCACAGGAACACAUUGCUUGGCACAGGGAUGACUUUCCUGAAAUGAGCCAAAGGACAACCAUAACAUGGCAAAAUAAUACUUCCUUUUUGACUAUACGUGAAGCUAAGAAAGAAGAUAUUGAUAAACCUGAAAUGGAUCUCUCCCCUAAUUUACUGAAAUCUGCUAGUAACAAUGGUGAAACUGGAAGGCUAGUGUGCAGAGUGUCUGCUGCUCCAGCAGUAAAUUUUACAUGGUCUCGAGGAAGCUCCAUUAUUACCACAGAUCAUCAUAAAUAUCUGAUUGACUAUAAGCAGAUCGACGAUGUACAUUAUGAGUCUAUUGUACUUAUUCGAAACAUCGAGCAGUCAGAUUAUGGCAGAUAUGAAUGUAUCGCUCGUAACCAUCUCGGAUUUUCAACCAACACUGUUGUACUAGCAUUAACGAAUGCUCCAGACCCUCCUUCCAAUCUUCAGGUGUAUAAUGUCAGUCAUGAUUCAUUGACACUUGGUUGGGAACCAGGUUUUGAUGGUGGUCUUCCAGCUUCUUACAGGCUGAGGUACAGGCCUGUUAACAUUCCUGGAGCUACUUAUAAGUAUGAAGACACAGGAAAUGUCACAAAGUACACAGUUACUGGUCUUGAAUUAGGAACAGAGUAUGUCUUCAGCAUUCAAGCUUUGAACAGGCUAGGUUCCAGCAGAUAUCUCGCUGACACCUUAAAGGCAACAACUUCAAGUGUGGCUCCCCCAUCUCUACCAAGUCGUGGGGGAGGAUCGACAAGGAGUACUUCUGGCUUCAUUCUCAUCCUUUGCUUUAUCCUCGGUGUUGUCCUCUUACUUCUGAACCUACUCCUAGUGGGCUGUUGCCUCCGAAGGAGGAAGGCCCGCCUUGCUGCUGCCAAGAGAGUCACAGAAUUGCCUGACCCUCAGUUUGAUGCUGCUGAUAUACCUCUCAUCAUAAUAAUGGCUGUUGUAUCGACAGCAGCCACUCUCCUUAUCAUCAAUAUCAUUGUAAUUGCUUUCUUUUACUACAGAAAGAGGCGACAUAGAGAUCAAGUUCAUCAUGAAGGUAGCAGUGAUCAAGGUAGUAACAAGAACCCACCAAUGGAAAUGUAUGCUCCAAGUAGUUAUAAUGAAACAGUAACUGGGGAAACUUUGAGCUCAGUUUCUGAGAAAAGUGAGAGUUAUUCAGAUCAGCAAGACUACAAUGAUGACGCUAGAAAACCUGCUGCCAGCACCUAUCUGAUAGAUCAAAGUGAUUACCCAUUCCAAUACACUGGGUAUGAUAUUCAGCCACAGAUCAAAGAUGUUGAGCCUAUUGCACUGCAUAGGACACCAUACAAUAAUCAAAAUGGAGGAUUAGGAGUGCCCCCUAUGGACAAUUACUACACAGUAAGCCCAGAUCCUAGGUACGUUGCCUACCCACCACCUCUGCAGUUCGCUCAGCCUCCUCUGCCAGUGCCUGCCAACACCAGGCAGGUACCACCAGAUGUUACCGUCCUCUCUGCUCCUCCGCUUCUGUCCACCUUCAACUACAGCCCAGCAUCACACCUGGUAGAACCAGAUUCUCACCUCGUGUGACUCUAACUCCCCAGGCAGGUCUUUCAGGCAUAUAGAUCUACCCCGGUCUGAAGUCGACCCCUGCCUCUAAAUUGCCACUCUACUGAGGCGUUCUGAACGUCUCUGUAGAAAGAGAAAGAGAACUAGGAUUAUAAAGGAUUGGGAGUGACCUGUAAAGCUGUUCUAGACUUUCUGGGGUCGUCGAGAGCCUAGUCGUUAUGUGAAUUCGUACCAAAGUGUGUACAUAGUGGUUCAGUGAUUGUAUAUUGUAAAAAUAAACAUUCGAGUAUGUUUUAAAUCAGCUCAACUUCAAUUUUAUUAGUGUUAAGUGAAUAUCUGAUAUUUAUUCGAUCGGCGUAUUUAAAUGUUACAUGUGGAAAAUAAUAUACAGGGAGCCCCUUGAUGUGCCAAAGAUUAUGUAUAUUUUUUGUUUUGUUUGUUUUCUUAUUACUACAUAAUAAAAUAAUUAAUUCAGUGCCAAAAUAAUGGCACUUGGACCAAAUUUCUGAGUAGAUUUCUUGGGGAUUUCUGUAUAUUUUUAUUAGAAAAGGAAAUUAAAUGUAAUAACAUCAAAUGUAAAGAUAAAAAAAAAAAAUAAAAAAAAAAUAACUGUUAAAAAUACUCAUCAUGUGAUUAAUGUUCAUUGUAAAUGUUUUUGAUCUCAUUAUGUUUUUUAUCUUAAAGUAUGUUUGUAUAUAAAUUAAUUCGUCCGUGUUAACGAAAAUUUAGAAAACAUAAUUGUUACUCUGGCUAUCUGUUUAUCAGUGUAUAAAAAUUCCAUUAAAAAAAAAAUAAGAUGACGAAUUUGUAUAGUUGUAAUGAUCGUGGAUUUGUUCCACUUUUAAAUGUCAAUAGAUAUAAAUGACCUUUGAUGAUAUGUAUUUAUGUAAAUAUUCUUGUAUUAUGGGAAGCUGGAAUUGUUUCACUGGGACGGCCUAUAGAAGUUAUCGCUUUUAUUUUUGACAGCUCUUGUGAAUAAUGUUUUAACUUAAGUUUUCAAGCCUAUUCUCAGAGGCAUAAUAAUAGUUUAGCUCAAAAGAAAUUUAAAUUUGGGUAUAUAAAAAGAUUGUCCUUUUCUUAUAUACUUACAGACUAUAGAAGUGUCGAAGGCUGUAUUUAGUCUUAAAAGAUUUGAUGUCUGAUUUAUGAAGGUUCAAAUUAAUGUUGUUUGAAUAUUUUGUUAAAUGAGCAUUCUAGUUAAUAUGGUUUUUAAAUGUUGUACAUAAUGAUAGAAUAUAAAUCAUAGAAAUCCUUUAUGUUUUGUUUGACAAUUGUGCUUCACAAAAAUAAAUCAAUAUAUUUUUCUAAAAAUAUAUUUAAUAAAUGGUUAAACUAUUUGUAAAUAAUAAUAGAUUUGUAUCUAUGUUCAUCCUUGAUAAGAAUUAUACAAAAUUGUGUUAUUAAGCGGUGGAACAGUUCUUUAUUUCUGGUUUAUGAUUGAGGCCUUUUUAUACUUUUGUAAAAUACACCUUUGAUUCAUUACUUUCUUUGGUGAUUGUAUUAUUGAUUAAAGUUCCACUGUUGCUGUAAUUUUUUAAGUAUUUUAAAGAAUAAUUAUGACAAUUAUAGAAAGUGUAAGUCUCCUGAUAAUGCAUGAUGGAAGUAAAUAUAUUUAAAAAAUAAAUGUAACAUAGCUGUACCCUGUAGAAUAUUGUAAUAUAAUCCUAUAUUUUAAGCCAAAAUGUGACUUUUAAUACAUUCGUAUAUAUAUAUUGUUUUAAGAUGUUUACAUUGUUGAUAUUUUCAAAAAAAAAAGAAAAAAAAAGGGAGCUUUAUCCUGUAUACUAAAACAAUUUAAAGUAACUAAUUAAUAAUUAUGUGGCUAAAUAGAUGAAUAUACUUCAAUUUUUAAUCAGAAAUAAAUCUCCUUUUAAGGUUGUAUGUUGUUUAUGCAGGGUGACAUUUACAUGGCAUCUAUUUUAUUCUAUCUCUCUUUUGGUAGAAUUUACCUUCUUUUUUUUUUAUUUGUAUUUUUCUCUUAUGUGAUUGUAUAUUAGCCAUUUGUACAGAUUAGGUUUUACAAAUACAUACAAUCUUAAAAUGUUAGUAUUUAAAAAAAAAAGUAUGUACUGAUAAAAGUUACUGAAAUAUUACAAUAAGUGACAUUAUGUUUGUAAAAUUUAUGCUAAAUGUUUACUACAUCGGUAUGUGCUAUAACCUGAAAUUUUUAAUUUUUUAUUCCUUUAAAUGUUUCCCUCCCGACCGACAUCAAAUGCAUAUAAUAGUAGUUGAUUACAUGUUCAGAUUGUAAUAAUUUCCUUGAAUGCUUUAAUAAAGUGUUUCAAAUCUA